AUCAAAGUCGACAAGUCUGGCGGCACCAUGGCUGCCAGCAUGAACAACAUGGCCACCUACCUUCGGGACGUGAUGGCCGGGAAUAUGCAGAGCUUCCGUCUCUUCGGCCCCGACGAGACUGAGUCCAACAAGCUUGGCGCUGUCUACGAGGCCGGUAAGAAGGUCUGGAUGGGCGAGUACUUUGAAGAGGAUGCCAACGGUGGCAACCUGGCCCCUGAGGGACGUGUCAUGGAGAUGCUUUCCGAGCACACCUGUGAGGGUUGGCUCGAGGGAUACAUCCUGACGGGACGUCACGGUCUUCUCAACAGCUACGAGCCAUUUAUCCACGUCAUCGACUCCAUGGUCAACCAGCACUGCAAGUGGAUCGAGAAGGCUCUCGAGGUCGAGUGGCGCAACAAGAUCGCCUCCCUCAACAUCCUCCUCACCGCCGUCGUCUGGCGCCAGGACCACAACGGCUUCACGCACCAAGACCCAGGCUUCCUCGAUGUCGUCGCCAACAAGAGUCCCGAGGUCGUCCGCAUCUACCUCCCCCCCGACGGCAACUGCCUCCUGUCCACAAUGGACCACUGCCUCGCCUCGUCAAACUACGUCAACGUCAUCGUCGCCGACAAGCAGGAGCACCUCCAAUACCUCACCAUGGAAAAGGCCGUCGAGCACUGCACAAAGGGCAUCGGCAUCUGGCCGCAGUUCAGCACCGACCAAGGCGAAGAACCCGACCUCGUCAUGGCCUCGUGCGGCGACAUCUCCACCCACGAGUCCCUCGCCGCCAUCGACCUCCUCCUCCAACACUUCCCCGAGCUCAAGAUCCGCUGCGUCAACUGUGUCGACCUCUUCAAGCUCAUCUCCCACGAAGACCACCCCCACGGCCUCACAAACGCAGAGUGGGUCUCCCUCUUCACAGACGACAAACCCGUCAUCUUCAACUUCCACUCGUACCCCUGGCUCGUCCACCGCCUCGCCUACAAGCGGCCCGGCAACAUGAACCUCCACGUCCGCGGCUACAAGGAAAAGGGCAACAUCGACACGCCCCUCGAGCUCGCCAUCCGCAACCAGACGGACCGCUUCAGCCUCGCCAUGGACGCCAUCGACCGCAUGCCCCAGCUCCACAACCGCGGCGCCGCCGCCCGCGAGACGCUGCGCAACCAGCAGAUCGCCGCCCGCAUCGAGGCCUUUGAGACGGGCAUGGACCCGCCCUUCCUCAAGAACUGGACCUGGUCCCACAACGGCCUGUGGCAAAAGGUCGCCAAGAUCACCACCUAGGCUUAUUAUGUUAGAUGGGAUUAGAAAAGCUUAGAUGGAAGAGAGAAAGACUAGAUGAGGUGUUUGGACAGGUUUCAGACGAGGUUUCUUGAAAAGAUGAUAUUACGGCGUUGUUGGUAUACUGGGACACAGAGAGAGAUAUCAGGGCGGGGUUUCGAGUCCGAGGAUGAGGGUCGAGUUUUGCCACGGCGGUGGCACAUUGUGCUCUAAACUUGAAAUGAAGAGAGAGAGAUAUGACUAGUUUUUUUUCAUUCGAUUUGCAAUCAUCUCAAUCAAUCUCACAGCGAAAUAAUUGAUCAGCCAUUCUUCACCUUGAAUAUGCUUGAUAAUUCACACGCAUCAUUGGUAUCUAAACGAAAAACAAAACACAAGAAAACACAGAAUUUGAGAUAAGGCCUGGCUGGGCCAUAUCGGUCAUUUGCCAAAAAAGCAGACCCCGGAUCCAGGUC